AUGGCCUUUUCCUGUCGCCCGCAUUCUUCGGAAGGUGAGGAUUUCGGUGAUCCUUUUGUGGUGCUUCAACAGUCUGCUCAUAUUUUUAAUGUCGAGAUUUCCCUAAAGCUCCGCCCUUAAUGCUGCGAUGAGCCAAUCCGAGGGCCACAAGGAACUUUGAAUGACGUCAUUGGGCUCGACAUUCCAAAUCUGAACACAAAAAUGCAAUUAUGUCCAUGAACGAAAUAGUUUUCAAUUAGGCACAUUCGCUUUUCGGCGUUGAUGCAUUUUCAAAAUACAAAGGUGAAUUGAGAAGUCUAUACAAAUUGAUACCGGGUAGCAACUUUUGAAUAAGUCAAUCGGCGUAUGGUAAUCGGUGGUCGUUUGUAUGCUACCGGGUUCUAUCUCUAUGGUACCUGGGUCGGAGGUCGAUGCAGUAGCUACCGGGUAGCUACAUGACAUUCGCGAUUUCUUUCGAAAAGUCUGGAAUUGCUUCCCGGGUCGUUAUUUUUUGUUUCAGCUUCAUCCAAUAAGACCCUGGAAGGCUUGGAACGGUGUAAAAAAAAACCGUCCAAUUUCAAAUUGUAAAAUCUUUCAGUUUUGAUGAUUCAUUUUCAGUCGCCUGUUGUGGACUCGAAAAGUCGCGAGCUUCUGUUGAAGCCAAAAAGAAGCUUUUUCUGAUGCUGUUGGUGACCGAAGACGCACCGAUGGCGAAUCUCCUGCACGCCGAAGGUCUCAACUACUUCUACAGUUCGUGUUUCCUCUUUCGUGACACUCCGACAUUCAUUGAAAUAAACAACAAAUUCCGCAGUCCAAGACUCGAAUAAAUGACAAGUAUCAGAUUUCAACACUCUAUUUUUGUCUUUCAAUCUUUAAUUCUUUAUCUAGUGGAUCAUACGUUUGUUUGACGACAUUUGACUAAAUGAGAUCAUUUUCCAGACAUGCGCUUCGAAAACGGGAGAAGACUCGAAGGAUAA